CGGCAAUUCAGUACAUCACUCAACUAGAAGAGUAUCACAAUUGUUUUGCGCGAAGCGUUUAUUGGAUUUUUUCCCCACAUUUAAUAUUUACAGUAACUAAAUAAUCGUUUGCACUUCCUAAAGAUACGGAGUAAACUUUGACUUGAAAGAUUGUAUUACUUCUGUAUGGAUUCACCAUUGCAAGGGUCUGAAGACACAUUCAAAAGUGAAAAUCAAAUCCAUAUUUUGCUGUCCGCUGCAGAUAUAAUGAAUAAAAAUGAGGACGAAGAGGAAGAUUUAGAAGUUGGAAAUAUUUUGGAAAGUUCAAAAUGCAGGCAGUGCAUGCAUUGCCAGGAAGGUAUUGCAGCUAUAACAAACACGAUACGUAACACUAUGAUUGAAAUUAACGAAAUAAAGGAGCGCAAUCGUGAACGACGCCAUCAGGACAUUUUAGAAGCAUUUAAAAAUUAUUUGUGCCAAAUAAAUGCUCCUAGGGAUUUAAAAAAUACUCAUAUUUUAAAUCCGGAUUCAUCUGUUAAUCAAUUAAAUAAUACAUCCAAAACCCAUACAAUUCCACUGCCUCAGCUUAGUAAUGAAGUGUACCCUGUUAAAGAAACGAAGCGGCAACUACCUGUGUGUACUCAAAAACAUCAGCAUAAUACUAUAGAAAGACCGAGUACAGAAGCACCGCCGAAAAAAUCUAUUAAAACAAUGAAUCUGAAAAUCGAGACGCUAUCUCACAGUGCUGAUGCGGAAAUCAUCAAGGCUAGUCAAAAGGAUGAACUUGUUGCUAUGCGUGAAAAAAUGCUUGCUAUGCAGCGCCGAAAAAUGGAGGACCGGGAGCGUAAAAAACGCGACAUUUCCACGCUUUGAUGUAAAUGAGUGUCGAGUAAAACUGUGCGGAGCAAAUAGGAAUAUUAAGGCCGGUCCACAUAGAACUUUCGUGUUGACAUUGAUUAAAACCUAACUAUGAAUACACACAAGGAGUGUUCGCUAUGCAACUGCCAGUAAGUCCCCUUUCAGACACGUCAAGUCUGCUCGUUCGUGGGCGAAGGAGG